AUGAGUCAAAACAUGAACCACAAAAUGAUCAGAUUGGAACAAAACAAGGAAGACAUCCUGAAACUGGUCAGUUUUCUAGAGGAAAAGCAAGAGGCUCUGGAUGUACAUAAAAUCAAUAUGAAGAGUUGCACUGAGAUGCUCGUGAGAGAAAGAGAAGGAUUGAAGAGUCUGAUGUCAGAAAUUGUCAUCCUAAGACAAUUCAUGGAAAAUCAACUGAAGCCAGAGACUUUGUCGGAAAAGAAAGAGCUCUUGAAACUAAAAGCAGAACUGGAUCAGAAGAGAGAAGAUCUGGAAAGACUGUCUGAGAAGAUGGACCAAGAAAAACUGGUCUUGAAUCUGAUCAGAUCUGAAAACCAGAAGCAAUGUGACCUAUUACAACAAGAUGCGCAAGAUAUAAAAGAGGAAAAAGAAACAUUGAAACUCACAAAGACUGAACUAAAACAGAAGAGGGAACAUGUCGACAGUCUGUUGGAUGACAUAAGCCGAGAGAAAAGCAACAUUAAAGAUCUGACCCUUCAGCUUCAGUCACAAAGAAACACAUUUGAAAAUGUCAUUGACAAGGUCAUGUUAAAACAACAAGAACAAGAGCUCCACGAUGACACCAUCAGGAGACUGAAACUAGAACUGGAAAACAGAGAGAACAGUGUACUAACAGAAAGACAAGAACUGGAAGUUGGGAGGAAAAAUAUCGACAAGACAAAAGAAGAAGUUGAAGCUACUAUGAACAACAUCAGUGGUGAGAGAGAACGCCUCAGUCAGCUAAAGACUGACAUCAUCAGAGAGAGAGAAAUGUUUUUGAAUGAAAAGUACAAACUGGAAAGAGGAAGGUCUGAGCUGAAAAUAAGAGAACAUCAAGUAAUCAAUAAAAUGAAAGUUGUAGAAACUGUGAAAGUAAAACUCCAACAGCUAAAUGAAAGAAUUAGUGAUGAAAUCAAAGUGAAAAUGCAAAGUUUGGAACAAAAUAAUGAAGAUGUACUUAUACUGUGCACUGCACUGGGAGAAAGGUUCACUGAAAUUGAAGGACUGAAAGAAGACAUGGCUUGUUACACUGAGCUGAUGGGCAGAGACAAGGAGGGUCUGAUAAAAGUACUGUCAGACAUUGUCAUCCAGAAAGAGGACUGUGAAAAUCUAUGGAAACAAAAGGUUAGGGCCGAACAACUACAUCUUGACAAACAGAAGACAGAGUUGAAAGAGGAGAGAGAAGAUCUGGAAACAAUGAAUGAGACAAUGAACAAUUAUAAACUGGACAUGGAGCUGAUGAGGUCUGACAUCCAGAAACAAACUGACCUAUUACAAAAGAAUAAACAUUAUUUCACAGAUGAAAGGGAGAACUUGGAAAUGACAAACACAGAGUUACAAAAGAAGAUAAAACAUGCAGACAACCUGUUUGAUGACAUUAACAGAGAGAAAAGCAACAUUAAAGAUCUGACUCUUCAGGUUCACACACAGAGAAAGAAGCUUCAGAAUGUGACGAACAUGAUCGCCUUGAAGCAAAGAGAGCAAGGAGUAAAGGAUGGUGACAUCAGGAGACAAAUUCAAGAACUACAAACCCAGAAGAACAGUGUUUUGGCAGAAAGAUCAGAACUGGAUGUUUUGAGGAUGGAUCUCAAAAAUAAGAAUCUUGAGGUUGAAGCUGAAAUGAAAACCAUCAGUCAAGAGAAAGAAGACUUUAUUCAGAUGAAGGUUGAAGUAGAAAAAGAGAGCGAACUGCUUUUGAUUGAAAAGGAAAGAAUGGAAGGACAAUGGUCUGACUUGAAAAAGAGAGAAAACAAGCAAAUGGAUAAAAUGAAAUCCAUUGAAUCCCUGAGAAUAAGACUUCAAGAGCUCGAUGCCAGGAUGAGUCAAAACAUGAACCACAAAAUGAUCAGAUUGGAACAAAACAAGGAAGACAUCCUGAAACUGGUCAGUAUUCUAGAGGAAAAGCAAGAGGCUCUGGAUGUACAUAAAAUCAAUAUGAAGAGUUGCACUGAGAUGCUCGUGAGAGAAAGAGAAGGAUUGAAGAGUCUGAUGUCAGAAAUUGUCAUCCUAAGACAAUUCAUGGAAAAUCAACUGAAGCCAGAGACUUUGUCGGAAAAGAAAGAGCUCUUGAAACUAAAAGCAGAACUGGAUCAGAAGAGAGAAGAUCUGGAAAGACUGUCUGAGAAGAUGGACCAAGAAAAACUGGUCUUGAAUCUGAUCAGAUCUGAAAACCAGAAGCAAUGUGACCUAUUACAACAAGAUGCGCAAGAUAUAAAAGAGGAAAAAGAAACAUUGAAACUCACAAAGACUGAACUAAAACAGAAGAGGGAACAUGUCGACAGUCUGUUGGAUGACAUAAGCCGAGAGAAAAGCAACAUUAAAGAUCUGACCCUUCAGCUUCAGUCACAAAGAAACACAUUUGAAAAUGUCAUUGACAAGGUCAUGUUAAAACAACAAGAACAAGAGCUCCACGAUGACACCAUCAGGAGACUGAAACUAGAACUGGAAAACAGAGAGAACAGUGUACUAACAGAAAGACAAGAACUGGAAGUUGGGAGGAAAAAUAUCGACAAGACAAAAGAAGAAGUUGAAGCUACUAUGAACAACAUCAGUGGUGAGAGAGAACGCCUCAGUCAGCUAAAGACUGACAUCAUCAGAGAGAGAGAAAUGUUUUUGAAUGAAAAGUACAAACUGGAAAGAGAAAGGUCUGAGCUGAAAAUAAGAGAACAUCAAGUCAUCAAUAAAAUGAAAGUUGUAGAAACUGUGAAAGUAAAACUCCAACAGCUAAAUGAAAGAAUUAGUGAUGAAAUCAAAGUGAAAAUGCAAAGUUUGGAACAAAAUAAUGAAGAUGUACUUAUACUGUGCACUGCACUGGGAGAAAGGUUCACUGAAAUUGAAGGACUGAAAGAAGACAUGGCUUGUUACACUGAGCUAAUGGGCAGAGACAAGGAGGGUCUGAUAAAAGUACUGUCAGACAUUGUCAUCCAGAAAGAGGACUGUGAAAAUCUAUGGAAACAAAAGGUUAGGGCCGAACAACUACAUCUUGACAAACAGAAGACAGAGUUGAAAGAGGAGAGAGAAGAUCUGGAAACAAUGAAUGAGACAAUGAACAAUUAUAAACUGGACAUGGAGCUGAUGAGGUCUGACAUCCAGAAACAAACUGACCUAUUACAAAAGAAUAAACAUUAUUUCACAGAUGAAAGGGAGAACUUGGAAAUGACAAACACAGAGUUACAAAAGAAGAUAAAACAUGCAGACAACCUGUUUGAUGACAUUAACAGAGAGAAAAGCAACAUUAAAGAUCUGACUCUUCAGGUUCACACACAGAGAAAGAAGCUUCAGAAUGUGACGAACAUGAUCGCCUUGAAGCAAAGAGAGCAAGGAGUAAAGGAUGGUGACAUCAGGAGACAAAUUCAAGAACUACAAACCCAGAAGAAUAGUGUUUUGGCAGAAAGAGAAGAACUGGAUGUUUUGAGGAUGGAUCUCAAAAAUAAGAAUCUUGAGGUUGAAGCUGAAAUGAAAACCAUCAGUCAAGAGAAAGAAGACUUUAUUCAGAUGAAGGUUGAAGUAGAAAAAGAUAGCGAACUGCUUUUGAUUGAAAAGGAAAGAAUGGAAGGACAAUGGUCUGACUUGAAAAAGAGAGAAAACAAGCAAAUGGAUAAAAUGAAAUCCAUUGAAUCCCUGAGAAUAAGACUUCAAGAGCUCGAUGCCAGGAUGAGUCAAAACAUGAACCACAAAAUGAUCAGAUUGGAACAAAACAAGGAAGACAUCCUGAAACUGGUCAGUAUUCUAGAGGAAAAGCAAGAGGCUCUGGAUGUACAUAAAAUCAAUAUGAAGAGUUGCACUGAGAUGCUCGUGAGAGAAAGAGAAGGAUUGAAGAGUCUGAUGUCAGAAAUUGUCAUCCUAAGACAAUUCAUGGAAAAUCAACUGAAGCCAGAGACUUUGUCGGAAAAGAAAGAGCUCUUGAAACUAAAAGCAGAACUGGAUCAGAAGAGAGAAGAUCUGGAAAGACUGUCUGAGAAGAUGGACCAAGAAAAACUGGUCUUGAAUCUGAUCAGAUCUGAAAACCAGAAGCAAUGUGACCUAUUACAACAAGAUGCGCAAGAUAUAAAAGAGGAAAAAGAAACAUUGAAACUCACAAAGACUGAACUAAAACAGAAGAGGGAACAUGUCGACAGUCUGUUGGAUGACAUAAGCCGAGAGAAAAGCAACAUUAAAGAUCUGACCCUUCAGCUUCAGUCACAAAGAAACACAUUUGAAAAUGUCAUUGACAAGGUCAUGUUAAAACAACAAGAACAAGAGCUCCACGAUGACACCAUCAGGAGACUGAAACUAGAACUGGAAAACAGAGAGAACAGUGUACUAACAGAAAGACAAGAACUGGAAGUUGGGAGGAAAAAUAUCGACAAGACAAAAGAAGAAGUUGAAGCUACUAUGAACAACAUCAGUGAAAGAGGACUGUGA